AAUGUAAAAAUCUACAACCCUGGCAGAUUUCACUAUUCUUUAGAAAUUAGGAGAAGGUUCUUUUGGAUAAGUAUUUAGAGUAAGAUAAAACAAUAUUAAUUAGGUUAAACGAGUGAGUGAUUAAUAAGAAUAUGCUAUGAAGAAAGUGAGAAUUAACAAUUUAAAGUAAAAAGAAAGAGAGAAUGCUUUGAAUGAAAUAAGAAUUUUGGCUUCAAUAAAUGAUGCACAUAUAAUUGGAUAUAAAGAAGCAUUCUUUGAUGAAUUAUCAAAUUAAUUGUGUGUCAUAAUGGAAUUUGCAGCAGGAGGAGAUAUAUCUAAAUAAAUUGCAUCCUACAUUAAGAAAUAGAAUUAAAUAGAAGAGAAAGAAAUUUGGAAAGCAUUGGCACACAUGACAUUAGGUUUAAGAGUAUUACACAAGUCUGGUAUUUUGCAUCGUGAUUUAAAGAGUGCUAACGUCUUUAAAUCUAUAGAUGGUUAAUAUAAGAUUGGUGAUUUAAAUGUAAGUAAAGUUUCACAUGGAGCAUUAGCGAAAACCUAAACAGGAACACCUUGUAAAAUUAUUAAAUUAAUUAGAUUAUGCAAGUCCAGAAGUAUGGAGAGAUUAACCUUAUUCUUCACCUUCUGAUAUAUGGUCUUUAGGAUGUGUUAUUUAUGAAAUGGCUACUUUAAAACCUCCUUUUAGAGCAUAAGAUGUUUAAACCUUAUUUAAAAAGGUAUCAUCAGGUGUUUAUGAAAAAAUACCAAAAUCAUAUUCCAAUUCACUAAGUGCAAUGAUUAGUUAAUUACUCAAAGUACCUGCUCAUUUACGUCCUACUUGUGAUUAGAUUCUCUCUGAUCCAAAUGUUAAACCAUUUGUCGAAUAAUAUAGUUAAAUAUAAUCAGGAAAUACUCAAGGAGAAUUACUUCAAACCAUUUUAUUACCAAAAAAUCUUAAAUAAUUAUAAGCUAAACUCCCUAAACCAACAUAUGAAACAAAUAAAAAUGAAUAUGAAUCAAUUAAACAUCCUCCAAAAUCUACAAGAUCGGCAUCUGUAAAUGAAAGGAAAGGAUCUCCAAUUUAAACUCCUUAAAUUCCUAAGAAGGAUGUUUCUAAACCUGUAUUUUAUUUACUCAAUAAUAUAAGCUCAUACCUCCUGGAUUAAGAAAUAAUUAGUUACAUAUUAAUCCACCUAUUCGUUAAUCUAGUUUAAAUAGACCAAGUUCUUCAGUUAAAAACUUAAGUCCUGCUCCUAUCAGAAAAUCUAUUGAAAAGCAAAACCUUAAUACUUUGAAAAACAAAAGUCCAUCUACUAAAAGAAUUUAUGACAAUGAAAAUGUAGACAGAAGCAACAUAGGUUCAAGAAGAUCAUAUUAAAAUAUAAAGAAUUGA